AUGCAUGCAGCUCGGACGGCGCUGUGGUUGCCUGGGAAACAGCUGGAAGCUCAGAGUGUUUCUGGGCUGUUCAGGGUUAAUGUGUGUUAGAGGCCCCCACUGCUGCACUCUGACUGGCUCUUUUGUGACAGUCAAGCAGGGAGACUCCGCCUCCUGUGUUUUUACAGCGGGUCUGGUCUGAGGGAGUCCAGACCUGCUGGAUCACAUCAAACUGGAGCUCAGACAUGGCAAGCUGCUCAGGAUGUGGACCGGGAUACCGCAGCCCACUGGACGCCAUGAAGGGUCCUCGGGAGGAGAUCAUCUACCUGCCCUGCAUAUACCGCAACACCGGCAUCCUGAAACCUGACUACCUGGCCACUGUGGACGUGAACCCCAAAUCCCCCACCUACUGCCAGGUGAUCCACCGGCUGCCGAUGCCGAAUCUUCGUGACGAGCUGCAUCACUCCGGCUGGAACGCCUGCAGCAGCUGCUUCGACGACGCCUCCAAGAAGAGAAACUUCCUGAUCCUGCCGUCACUCGUCUCGUCCCGAAUUUACGUGGUUGACGUGGGGACGAAUCCCAGAGCACCCAAAAUCUACAAGAUGGUGGAGCCCAUCGAGCUGUAUUGGAAGUGCGGCCUGGCGAACCCUCACACCAGCCACUGCCUGGGCAGUGGUCAGAUUAUGAUCAGCUGCAUGGGAGACCCGUCCGGUAACGCCAAAGGUGGUUUUGUUCUUCUGGAUGGUGAGACGUUCGAGGUGAUCAGUAACUGGGAGCACCAAGGCGAGGCGGCGCCGUUCGGCUACGACUUUUGGUACCAGCCUCGGCACAAUGUGAUGAUCAGCACCGAGUGAGCGCCCAAAGCUCUGGUUAACGGUUUUAAUCCAGCUCAUGUCCAAGAAGGGCUCUAUGGCAGCGCCCUGAAUAUCUGGGACUGGACCACCCACAAGAAGCUGCAGAGGCUUGAUCUAGGAGAAGAGGGCGCCAUUCCACUGGAGGUCCGGUUCCUCCAUGAGCCGAGUGCCGCUGAGGGCUACGUGGGCUGUGCACUGAAUUCAACCGUCUUCAGAUUCUACAAAACGGCAGAGGGGGACUGGGCCGCAGAGAAGGUCAUCAGCAUUCCUAGUAAGAAGGGGGGAUGGAUGUUGCCCGAGAUGCCAGGUCUCAUCACAGACAUCCUGAUCUCACUGGAUGACCGUUAUCUGUACUUCAGUAACUGGCUGCAUGGUGACAUCAGACAAUAUGACAUCAGACCGCAGAACCCACGGCUCGUCGCCAGGUGUGUUCUUGGAGGAAGCAUUGUCAGGGACGGACCCAUCAGAGUCCUGGAGGACCCAGAGAACCAGGAGCAGCCCCGCCCCUGCAUCAUAAAGGGGAAGCGUAUCGCUGGAAGUCCUCAGAUGCUGCAGCUCAGUCUGGACGGGCGGCGCCUCUACACGACCACGUCUCUGUACAGCGGCUGGGACAAACAGUUUUACCCCGACAUGAUCAGGGAGGGAUCAGUGAUGAUGCAGAUCAAUGUGGACACUGUGGAUGGCGGUCGCCUGAAUGAGGACUUCCUGGUGGAUUUUGGUAAAGAGCCCGACGGUCCGGUUCUGGCCCACGAGCUGCGGUACCCCGGCGGAGACUGUACCUCCGACAUCUGGCUGUGAAGCCAUGAUCAUCCUGAGCCUCAGAGUCCAAACACAUUUGAGAACAGCUCAGGCAGGAGUCUGAUCUCCAUGUAACUUCUGGUGUCACCAUCACGCAUUAGAAUAACUUUGUUGUCCAUCACAUCGGCCGCAGGAAAAAAAACAUAAGAUAAGAUAAGAUAAGAUAGAACUUUAUU